AUAAAAAAAAAAAAAAUAUCUAUGGUCAACACUCAACACAAACACAUUUAUUUCAGUUUCACAACAACGACAAACGUUCACAAUCCGCAAAACAGUUUCGAUUCCAUUGAAUUUACAAGUUAUUACGUGUAACUAGUUAUAAUUGGAAGUUUUUCUAAUUUGAAUACCCUUUAUAUGAAAUUCGUUUGAACGAAUUUUUUAAAAAACAAAGUUUUCUUAAUGGACAAAUAGUAUUUUUGAGUUGAGUUUCAUUCUUAGUUGUGCUCCAAGAGUUUACGAAGAUUUGCGAUUAUAAAUAACUUUUUAAAUGGCCGUCUCUUUGUGUGUACUACGUAUUGAAAUAGACGAAGAACUGUCCGAAAUGGCAGACGGUGUUAACAAUGAGGCCUCUAAGGACCAGAAAAGAAAGGACCGAGGAGCAAGGGAAUCCAAAACCAUAACAGUUGAAACAUAUGCUAGUGUUCUUAGUGGACCCAACACUGACCCAGGCAUACUACCUACAAGUUCCCGCCGCUCACCUCCAGAGUCCAGCAGUAUAUCUGAAGACGAUAACACUAUUAGUUUUUUCUGUGGAAAUCCACUAGUUGAAAUUACUAAGGGCAUAUUACACUUGUACAAGGAAAAUGAAAUGAAAGAAGCAGAAGAAGCCAAGACACUUUGCCUACUCGCAGUUCCUGGUGCUUUAGGUGCACCCGACCUGCUUGCAUUUGCUGCAGCUUGUCAACAGGAUAUUGCACAUGUGAGGGUUCUCAGAGAUGGUUCACCUGAUCAUUACAUGGCACUAUUAACAUUUCGCACUAGUCAAGCAGCUCGAGAAUUCCAUGGGGCUUUUGAUGGGGUUCCAUAUAGUAGUUUGGAACCAAAUGCACUGUGUCAUACAGCCUGGGUGUCAAGGGUUGAAUGGGCAAAGGAUGGUUCCCCACCACCAUCACACACUGAGCUCCCUACUUGUCCUGUUUGUUUGGAGCGCAUGGACGAGAGCGUGGCGGGCGUGCUGAGCGUGCAGUGCGCGCACGCCUUCCACGCGGAGUGUCUGGCGCGCAGCCGCGACCUGCGCUGCCCCGUGUGCCGCUGCGCGCAGACCCCCGAGCCGAGGGCGAGCGCACGCUGCCAGCUCUGCGACGCGCCCCACCGAGACGAGGAAGGCGACGACACCCGCGAGAACCUCAGCGGAGUCGCCGAGGGGCUCGUGGACGGGCUGGAGGAGGGCACGCUCUGGAUAUGCCUCAUCUGUGGACACGUGGGAUGUGGGAGGUACGAAGGGGGCCACGCCGCGAAGCACUUCCUGCAGUCCAACCACACGUACGCGCUGCAGCUCGGCUCCAACAGGGUCUGGGACUACGCAGGAGACAACUUCGUACACCGACUGGUGCAGAACAAGUCUGACGGCAAGCUGGUGGCGUCCGAGGGCGCCUGCGGGGGCAAGCACGACCACGAGUUCACCUACAUACUCACCGAGCAACUGGACACGCAGCGCACUCACUACGAGGAGAAAAUCGCCAAGCUGGAGGGGGAGCGGGAGGCGGAGCGGGCGGCGCUGCAGGGGCGGGCGCGCGCCGCCGAGGCCCGGGCCGCUGACCUCGCCGCGCAGGUCGACGACCUCACGGCCCGCAACAAACAACUCGACCGGAAACUGCAGCAGCUCACCAACAAAUUAUCGGUUCUCCAAAACGAGUUGACGGAAGAGAGGGGCUUGGCGGCGGCCAUGGCCAGCAGCCAGUCGGAGUGGCAGGCCAGGGCUAAAGAAAAGGAGGAGAAUUUCACCAAAGAGGUCAGCGAUCUGAAGGAGCAACUCCGCGACGUGAUGUUCUUUGUGGAGGCGCGAGCGCAGCUGGAGCGGUCCGACGCCGUGUCGCGCGACGAGCUGGCCGCCGCCACGCUGACCGUGCCGCCCCGCCACGCCGCGCCGCGCCGCCGCCGCCGGUAGGGCCACGCAGCCGUCGUCGCGCCCCGCCGCGUCGCGCCCCGCCCCGCCCCGCCGCGAGCUCCAACACCUUCCUUUGUAAUCUUGAACAUUAGUAUGUAAAUAUGAAAAAUUCUGUGAUAAAUGUUUAGAAGACUAUGUACUUGAUUUAUUACAUAUGUGUGUUUUGCUGAGAUAAUUAAAUUUAUUUGUUCCAAUGCUGUUUCUAAACUAGCUCUGAAAUGAAGAACAUAAUAAAUAAAUAAAAAAGA